CACGCAGUCAGUGUCGUGCCACCGCCCGGGAAACCCAUUCGACCGUCUGACCGUAUACGCCGCGUUUACUAUUUUUCGCCACGCUCGCACGUAAUUCUUCUUCGUAUCGGAGUGACCAAAAUUGUUUUUCGCGCGUUUUCUCCGCUAGCGAUACACAUUGUGUGUUAUUAAUAUAAUGUGUUAUCGAUUGCAAUCCAACUCGAUAACGUGUAAAUAAUUAAAUAUAAUAUAAUUAAAAAAAUUGUUGGGACACAAGAAAGCCAAAACGGUUUUCAAUUUGAUGUGAUGUGUUUACAGUGAUGUGUCUGGUGAGUGAUGACCAAUAACAUUUAAUCUGUGUGUGCAUCAUGUCGAUAUCAUUCGACGAGUCUGUCGCCAACCACCAAGUAACAUUGUAUGUCUUACGAAUACCGAUUCCCGACUAGUGAACGUUUAAAGAAAAUUCUAUCAUGGCAUAGAGUCGCAGAGUCGUAUUCGGGGUAGAAUAAUAUUAUAUUCACUGUCGAGGCUUAUGAUAGAAGACUUGAUGUAGAAGACUUUAAAUCCAAAAAUUUACACGACAAGUCUUCAGAAUAAAGCAGUUAUUGAUCGUUUUUUGAACGUCGUGUGGCCGCGGGACAGACGAUGAUCGACGGCGGCGGAGGAGAAGAACAGCAGGACGGCGGGGCCGGCGACGCGGCCGUCAAUUACAAGACGAGAAAGCGGCCGGCGGACGCCGCGGCCACGGCGGUGUACACGAUAACCGGCGGCGACCCGAACCAGCUCCUGCAGGACGUGCCGGCGCCGUGGUCGUCUGCACAGUGCGCGUGCUGCCCGCCGUCCUUGGUCGCGCCGCAAGGAAACGGGCCGCAGAGGCGCAGGCCGCGGACGUGGACGUGCGGAGGUGCGGCCGGCGGCGGCGGCGGCGUGUCGAGUCUGACCAGGAGCAGGACGUUCACGAGCAAUUACGAACGGGCCAUAUCGUCGCUGCUGUGGCAACCGUACGAGUGCCGAUCGUCCAGUAAUUCGCUGAACGACGACGGCGACGUGGCCGUCUGGCUCAGCGCCACCGGCCGGUACGAACCGCUGUCCAGCCGGUCGUCGCUCAGCCUGUCCACCAUACCCAGGUCGGCCGGCUCGUGUUCAUCGUCGGUGUGCCGUCUGCUGGACGACGGCGGCGGCGGCGGCGGCGACAAAACGCCUCCACCGCCUUGCUGGUGUACCGCGGAAACCGAGGCCGUCCUCGGUGACCCACAUAAUAUAAACGACGUUAUGGCGCGGACGACAACCGGUUACCGCUGUCCGCCGCAUGGAUCGCUGCCUCAGCGUCGAGGCACUGCCGCCGCCGCCGCCGCCGCUGCCGUCGAAGGGGGACGGACAGUGUUGCGUUCGCGUCUCGACGCAGACGUUCAGUCAAACGUACAGCGUCCGACAUCGCGUGUCGUUCCGUCGCGUUGUGUCAGUGCGGGUGAUUGGUGUUGUGAUAACGGAGACGUCGACGUCGACGACGACGACGACGACGAGGAUUACUAUUGCAUUUACGAGGACGAAAACCUCGGUCGAGUGGAUAACGACGUCGACGUUUGCGAUGAAAACGGAGUGCGCGUCGUAGUGCCGAUGGAUAACGGGAGUGGUCUGAUAACCGGCGGCGACGCCGUAGCGACGGCGGACGGCGGCGGUGGUAAGCCUCAGGCCGAGAGGACUUACGCGUCCACGGAAGCGCAAACGGACGAGACGGCGUGCUCGUCCGCGUACAGGGAACAGCGGCGGCGGGAACGCCGGGAACGACGGCUCCAGCAGCAGCGGCGCGUCCAUCCGCCGCCGCCGCCUCCGCCCGCGCUUUCGUCGUCGUCGCUGCUGCCUCCGCCGCCGCCGACGCUUCUGUUGCAGCAGCAGCAGCCCGCGAUCGCCGUGCCUGUCGACCAGGACAGGCUGCCCGACCUGUUGCUCAACUCGCACCUACCACCGCCGCUGUACACCACCGUCGGCGGUGGCGUGUGCGACGUCGCCAUGGCCACCCGGGCGGCCAACUUGCAGGCGUCCCUGUUGCCCGCCCCUUUCCAACAUCCCCAUCAGCCGCCCGGGACGCCGGUCGGCUCCGCAAAUUCGGCCGUCAAUUCGCCCGGUGGAUUUCGCCUGCCGUUCGGCAUCAUACCGGCCAGGAGACGAAGGUCGUUACACUAUUGCAGCGAAGAAGACACACCCAAAUCGUGCUGUGGUCUGUUGACGUUACCAGACGCCACCAGUACGGUAUCCAUCAGGUGGUUCAUUGGUAUCGUGUUCAUAGCUGGAAUUUGUUCGGCACUCGUGGGCACAGUCUUGGGUGCUACCAGGGCUUCUGGUAGAGAACACCUCACGGUCGCCUUACUUAUGAUAGGUGUCGGUGUCAUUCUAGUGGCCAUCAGUGGUAUAGCGUGGCGCUUGACGGCCGGCCAAGAAGCGUCAUCGUGCGGAGCUGUGUUCGGACUGGGCCGAUCGUUGGACGACGCAGCCGAAGCCAACCGGCGGUUCGUGCCCAGACUGCCGCCGUCCUACGGUCGUCCGCAUCAUCCUUAUGCCGCCAUGAUGUAUCCCGAGUUCGAGUACAGGGCUCCGCCGCCAUCCUAUCAGGCGUCAAUGCAAGAAUACCGACUGAGGCUGUUGCUGUUGGACAGACAGACGAAUAUGCCGCCCGUCACGGCAUCGCCGCCGCCGACGUAUAGGUCGCAACCCGGCACGCUGAUAAGAGGGCAAAACGUCUGUUGUCGCGGCGACUCCGGCGAACUGUACCUGUACCAACCGUCAACGCUGCAGAUCAACCACCACCAAGCCGCCGACUACAGCGGCCCGCCCAGUUACCGAUCGCGGUCCAGCACGCUGCGGCCCGGCUGCCACCUGAUGAUGGACCCGACGGCCGGAGCGAUGGUCAUCGGCUCGGCGGCGGUCGGCAGCCAUCACAGUCGCAACUCGUCGCAACUGAGCGCCGGGGCCAUGUCCGAGGCGAUGGGCGGCGGCGGCGUGUUGACCGGCACCGCUGUGGACAACAAGGUGCCGCCGCCGCCGAACGCCGACGACGACGACGACGGCGGCAGCGGCCACGUCGGCAUCGUGGUCGGCGGUACGGUGGACGACAACGUGCGCAACAUCGCGGUGGUCGUGGACGAAAAGACCGCGGACCGCCAUCACAUCGGUUGCGGUCCGGUCACCAUCGUGCAGACGACGCCCGCCGCCAACCCUCCGGGCACGGUCAUCGUGACCGUGUCCAGCGCCAACAACGACACCUCCAACGUCCGGUGCCGGGACACCGAAAUGGAAAUCCUGGCGCAUCUGUGAAACGGACGUCCGGACGACGGCGGCGAUCGAACGGCGGAAACGGUUUUUCUUCUCAAUAACACUGCAGCGCUCGUUUUUCGCUAUUGGUACAACACUGAUUAGAUGAAUAUUAUCGUUCGUAUAAUAAUAUAACUAUAUAGUAUAUAGGUAUUAUUAUCACUGUAUUCGAACCGUUUGCACGCGUUUUAUCCGAUAUUUUUAUGACUUACAUAUUAUUUUGUUUUUAUUAUUAUUUUAUUGUAUUCUAUCGAAUUAUAUAUUCGGGCCAUGUAUAUUAAUAUUAUAUAAUUUUAUCGUGACUCUUUUUUACCGCUGUCCUCGCAAAGUAAUAUAGUAACAUUAGUAUCGGAAAAAAACGAUUCGCUUCGUGUCUCCUCCGAAACGAUUCUAAUAGUAAUUUAUUGUAUACAUUCGAGUGCGCGAACCCGACUAGUUUUCACGCUAGCGUUUUUUUCAAAUUUGAUAUUACCGGUAAAACUCAGUGUUUUAUACAUAGUAAACGUAUAUAAAUAUAUAUUUAAAUUAUUAUUAUAAUUUUAAUUUUUUUUUUUUUUUUUUUUUAUUAUUGCUUCCAAGUAAUUGAUGUACAAAGCUAUGUAGAAAAUCUGUACAGAAAUUCACUACUCCUAACCGUUUUCCGUAUUUUCGUAAUAACGAUAAUAGUAUUAAUAAAACACAUUUAAAUACCAUUUAAAACACUCGACCACCGUGGUUUUUUUUUUAAUAGAUAUCAUUUAUUCGUAUGAUAACUAUAUACAUCUAUUUAUUGUUAUGCAUUUAAUAUUUUAUUUUAUUAUCGACGAUUACUGAUAAGUUAUCGGACAUCCCACCGGCGUGUAUUGAUAUAUAUAAUAUAUAUACUAUAAAUAUUGUCUAUCUCGUGAGUGUGUUCCGAAAUAUUAUUAUCAUUUGUUUUAAGUGUUUUAUCAAAUAUCGAUGUCAUAAUUAAAGUAGACCUUAAAAGUAUCGUGUAUUAACAACCUUCUAUUACACACUACGAUUUUGUUCGAUUGUGAUUGUUAAUACUUACAGCUGCGAAGUGUUUCGUUUUACUGUCCCCGACAUUCACAACGUUAUAAAAUAUUAUAUUAUCAUAAAUAUUGACAUCACGGCAUCAUCCGCACGCUAAUGAGUCUUUUCAAUAAUGUAGUCUUGCAAACUAACCAAUAUAUAGUUUUUUAUUCUUUUAAUCGUUCAACUCAAAUCUUUUUUGUCCGUUUUUAAUCUAAAUGUUUAAUAGAAAAUUGUAUUGUAACCGACAUUAUAUAUUUACACAUUUUAUGUGUUUUCUAGUCACUACUCAACAACGGGUGUGACUAUAUUAUUUACAAAAACCACAUUAUUGUAAACAAGUAUUGUGUUUUAUGACUAUUAUUAUUUUUCUUUUUUUUUGUAUACAGUUACCUCAUACAUAAUUAAAACUAUAUUUUAUAAAUACUAUUAUUGUUUUUAGUUGUAGUGUUGUAUAUAGUUAUUAUUUAUUGGUGUUCAUCAUAUCAAAAAACAAAUCAGCUGUGCUCCAAAGUAUAAUAAUAUGCAAGCCGUACAAGUGGACUUUAGUUUAUAAUAAUAAAAAUACAAUAAAAUGAGUUCAGAAAUAACUGAUUAAUGUGUAUUUUGCUGCAACCUUAGGUACUUGAAUAGACUUUUAUGAACUGUUGUUAAAUUAUUGCAUUAUAAGUAUUGUUAAGUAAUAUGUCAUGUUUUUGUUAACCAUAUUCAUAGUGUUAAGGACUUGUGAAGAUAUUGGAUGUGAUGUAGGCACUCUAAGUUAUUUUUAAAAGAAUAUGCAUAAUAUUUAAUGAUUUAUGUGUAUUUGGUAUGAAAUUGUACAAAAUUAUUGUGAUUAAAAUGUAUGUAUAAAAAGUUUAAUAAAACGACAAUAUACAAUCA